UAGCUGGAUGGAAAUGUUAAUAUGACGUUUUCACCGUCUGUCAAGAUGUAUGAAAUAUGUCACCAAUAACUUUGACGAGCUAAUUGUGACAUACGGCGACAGCAAUUUCGGACUUAACUUUUUAUUUAUUUCGGACUUAACUUUCUAUUUCGGUUUAAACAAUCAACAGUCAGUUGUUAACAUAAGUUGAUUAAUUUUCGCGAAGACUUGUUUUCGCGUGGUUAAAAAAUGCGUUUCGCGGAGAUUUUUUUCGCGAAUAAACCAUUUUAGAUUUUUUUUUCGAAUACUCAUUUUCACGAAUUUAGUACUUUCUUGCAACUGCGAUUGAUUACAGACUCAUUCAUUGACAUCAGGUAGCUUCAAUUAAACUUGCUUAUACCAAAGAAGCUGGCGAUUGUUUUUAUCAACUAAUCAUUGGAAGUAAAAUUAAAGACGCGUACCACAGCAAAAACUAGCAUGGGAUCAAAUGAGCAAUUUUCUAAGGGAGGGAUAACUUACUAGGGGAAAGAAAGGGGUUACUCUGGUUGGAAGAAGGGCGGAGAUUUUCUAAAAGAAAGAAUUUACUGCUGGUCAAUUCACCAGAAGAGAGGGACAAUUUUAUGUAUUAUUUGUUUACGUGUUUCAUUAAAAAUUUUAAUUAAAUUGAAUUUUGUUUAUAGUUUAACAAAAAACUGUUUUAAUCAUUUGAAAAUUAAGAAAUAAAAAAAAAACUAAUAGUGAAAGUAAAAGUAAAACGAUAAAUACGGUGGAGAAAACGAAGGAGAGCCAAGGAAGAAAAGGCUUUUGAAAAAACGAACACUUUCUAAAAAAUAGAAAGGGAUGUCGACAAGAGAAAGAGAUUAAAAAUUUCAGGAUUUAACGGAUGCUUUAUAUAUAUAUUGAAUUAUACCGUUUGAUGAAAUACUUGCUGCCAAAAAAACUGCUCCAUCCGAAAUUCGAGAUACACCACUAGUAAAACUAAGCAUAGACGUUCCAAACAAAGAAAUUUAUCUUAAACUUGAAAAUCUACAGCCUGUUGGAUCGUUCAAAAUCCGUGUUGCUUUUAACGCACUUGGUAAUCGAAAACACACAACAGAUGGAGUGUUUACAUCAAGCGCCGGUAAUUUUGCACAGGGCUUAGCUUGGGCUGCUGCAGAGCGUAAUAUAAAAUGCAAUAUGGUGGUGUGUUCUUACGGUGGAGGCGGUCACAGUCUCGGCAUAUCCGCUGCCGUAAAACAUGUUAACCCGCAAGUUAAGGUUUACGCCUGCGAGGCUGAAACAGCAACGCCUUUGUCUGCUUCAUUAGCUGCGGGAAAGCCAGUUGUGUUGGAAAAGCAUAAGCCGUAUUUCGUUGAUGGAUUGAAAGGGAAGGCAACGUUUCCUUGCAUGUGGAAUCUAGCAAAACACCUCUUGGACGGUGCAAUUAUAACAACCUUAAGUAACCUCCAAGGAAAUUGGUAAGGAAAACAUGGCACAGGCAAAAAGAAUAAAUCCUUCUGUACAUACAAGUGACAUCUCAGCAACCUUUUCUUAUUUCUCUGACUUUUGGUUCUUCCUUAUACGGAAGAUUUUUUUUUUUUUUUUGAUCCUUUGGCAGCGAAAAAAAAUUUUUAUCCUGGUUUUUUCCACUGUUGUUAGUGCAAUCACAACAGCGCACCACGACAUUAUUCUGCCUCUCAACCUUACUGAAUGUGCGAUCUGAGUCUAAUCUCUCUGUGGCGGGACAUCUAGUAAAGAGGAAACUAAUUUUUAAUUAUUGGUUGGUCGGCUUUAGAGUAGCUGGAAACAACUAUGCAACCCUAAGGCUAAAGUCAUAUUGAACUUCAAGUUUUAUUAGCGAAUGCUUCGUACUUAGGUUCGUACAGAAUUAGCACAGUGUGUGUUUACCUUAAGGUCUAGACACAUCUCUCGCCUUCGAUUUUGUAAUUCCAUAUGAAUAAUUCAUAAAAAGCGGUCUUUCACAAUUCAGGGGGUAAAAUUACCAAAAUUUUUAAACAUAUAAUAAAAUACCAGCCUGGCCCACGUUUUAUUUAUUUUGAUCACUUCGGCGCGCUCCAGGUAAAUACGUCACACGCGACAUAUUAUUUCAGCCUCGCUUUAGUGCCUAACAUCCACCAUCCAUAUAAACAAUCGAAGCGAGAGACCGCAUGCUUUUUUUGUAAACAAGAAUGAGAUAUUGUUCAGUUGUGUUAGGAAAGAAAACAAAUAAUUAUUUAAAUCUUUUAUAGAAAUUAGCUACAAAAAAGAAAUUUUUGUCAAAAUUUUAGUUGAUUUUUAAUCGGACAGUACCUUUAAUGGAUGCUUUAUCAAAAUUAUCGAUUAUACCGUUUGAUGAAAUACUUGCUGCUAAAAAAACUGCUCCAUCCGAAAUUCGAGAUACACCACUAGUAAAACUAAACAUAGACGUUCCAAACAAAGAAAUUUAUCUUAAACUUGAAAAUCUACAGCCUGUUGGAUCGUUCAAAAUCCGUGGUGCUUUUAACGCACUUGGUAAUCGAAAACACAAAACAGAUGGAGUGUUUACAUCAAGCGCCGGUAAUUUUGCACAGGGCUUAGCUUGGGCUGCUGCAAAGCGUAAUAUAAAAUGCGAUGUGGUGGUACCAGACACAGCGUCACCGCUGAAAAUAGAAGCCAUUAAGAGAUAUGGAGGAAAUGUAAUCAAAGUACCGUAUGAUGCGUGGUGGAGCGUUAUGAUGUCUGAAAAGUAUGAUGGCCUACAUGGUUCAUUUAUUCAUCCUUGUUGUGACCGCAGUGUCAUAGCAGGUAAUGGUGUCAUUGGGCUUGAAAUUAUUGAAGCAUUACCAGAUGUAGAUGCUAUUGUGUGUUCUUACGGUGGAGGCGGUCACAGUCUCGGCAUAUCCGCUGCCGUAAAACAUGUUAACCCGCAAGUUAAGGUUUACGCCUGCGAGGCUGAAACAGCAACGCCUUUGUCUGCUUCAUUAGCUGCGGGAAAGCCAGUUGUGUUGGAAAAGCAUAAGCCGUCUUUCGUUGAUGGAUUGAAUGGGAAGGCAAUGUUUCCUUGCAUGUGGAAUCUAGCAAAACACCUCUUGGACGGUGCAAUUAUAACAACCUUACGGGAAAUAUGUGACGCUAUAAAACUACUUGUGGCAAACAAUCAUAUUGUUUCUGAAGGCGCGGGUGCAGCAACAGUAGCUGCAGCUUUAUCAGAAUCAGUUCCGAAUGGAAAAAUUGUUUGUGUUAUAUCUGGCGGCAAUAUUGAUCUUGAAAGAUUAAAAAUAAUUUUGUCCGGUAAAAUACCAGAUUAUUGACUGUUUAGUUUUUAAUUCUAUCUAGUUUUCCUACCAUAUUUCUUUAACCAACCCGACGCUUAUUAUUUUUUUCAAAAUUUAGAAGGCGGUCAUUAAAUUUGGGCGUUUAAAAGAGAGAGACGGCUAUAAAAUAAUUUUGUUUCCGGUGUCAAUAUUGUUUUUCUUAAGAGCCUCUUCUUCGUUGACUCUCCUUUGUUACCAUCACCGUAUUCAUUGUCUUACUUUUACUUCCGCCCUAAGUUUUUAUUUUUUUGUUGUUUCUUUAUUUGCAGAUAAUUGAAACAGUUUUUUAUUAAACUAUAAAUACUAACAAAAUUCAAUUUCAACAUUGUUUUUAGUGUCUCCACUCUCCGUUGGAAGAAUUAGAGUAUCCUAAGUAGAGAAAAUAUGUUGUGUGGAUGAUCUAAAAAACAAGGGUUUCAUCAGACACAUAUGUCUUGUUUCUUACACACAUUUUCUGCU